AUGGCGGCCACAGCACCGUCCAAGCUGCUGUUUGUGCCUCGUGUCAGGCUCCCUGCCCUGCCCGAGGGGCUGGGAACAUCCCUGUUCCCCCCCGAGGGGACAUCCAGCGGCACGGCCCGGCCCGGCACGGCCCGGCCCGGCCCGGCACGGGGCAGGGCGGCCACGCCGCGGGCCCGGGGGCGGCAGGGCUGGGCACUGGGGCUGCCCUGGGAGCGGAGACGCCGCAGGGACACCCAGUGCGGCCGUGUCAGGGACGGGCGGGAGCGGCUGCCGUGGCCUGGGGACACCUGGCCGGUGGUGGCAGUGGCAGGGGCAGAGGAGGUGACGGGCACCGGAGCAGCCCCGGGAGCCGUGACACGGCUCCCCGAGGCCGGCUCGCCGCACAGCCCGGGCCGGGAGCGGGGGCUCGGGGCUCCGCCAGCCCAACCCCGCCGCAGUCCCGGGCAGCGCCAGCACCGCUCCCGGCCCGGCUCCCGGCCCCGCCGUGUGCGGCGGCUCCGGAGGGCACAAACGCUGCGGGACGGGCACCGGGAGCUGCCCGCGGGCAGGGGGCUCCUGCCGGGACAUCAGCCCGAGGCUCCCCCCGAGGCGGGGCGCUCCCCGGGCUCUCCGUUCCAGCCCCAAAGUCAGCUCGGUGCCGGCGCCGCGGGUGACGGCGGACGCGGAGCGGGGCGAUCGGCGAGCCCGGCCGCUCGCGGGAGCGGAGCGGCAGAAACCCCGCGGGGGCCGAGGUCCGCCGCUCCGCAGCGCGGUGCUGCCGGCCCCGGCCGUCACCUGCUGCCCCGCAGGACAGCGAUCGCCGCGGGGCCCCGGCCCUGGCAGAUGGUCCGCGGCGGCGGGCAGCGGUCACUGGCCCGGCCCGGCCCGCCCCGAGCCCCGCGCAGCAGCGGCUGCAGCACGGCCAGAGCGGCCCCGGCGCGGGAUUCCCGGCCCCGCUCCCGCAUCCCAGCCCGGCGCCGGCAGGUUUCCGGGCAGGGAGGGCUGGGCACCGGCCCUGCUCCCCCAUCCCCGGGCACGGAGGGCUCGGCACCGGCCCUGCUCCCCCACCCCCGGGCACGGAGGGCUCGGCACCGGCCGGCGCUGCCGCAGGACAGCGGGGCUGGGGGCGCCUUCCCGGGGGAGGGUCCGGAGCGGCCUCGGCAGAGCCCGGGACAGCCCGAGCCCGGCCGGGGCGGCAGCGCAGCGCUCCGGCAGCGGAGGAAACACCGGACGGCUGUGCCCGGACAGCGGCUGUGCCCGGACAGGGACUAUGCCUGGACAGCGGCUGUGCCCGGACAGCGGCUGUGCCCGGACAGGGACUGUGCCCGGACAGGGACUGUGCCCGGACAGGGACUAUGCCUGGACAGCGGCUGUGCCCGGACAGCGGCUGUGCCAGACAGGGACUGUGCCCGGACAGUGGCUGUGCCCGGACAGGGACUGUGCCCGGACAGGGACUAUGCCUGGACAGGGGACAUGCUCAGAGAGUGGCCACACUCAGACAGGGGCUGUGCUCAGACAGGGGCCGUGCUUGGACACCAGCCCUGCUUGGACAGGGGCCAUGCUCGGACACUGGCCCCACUCAGACACCGACCCUUCUCGGACACCAGCCCUUCUCGGACACCAGCCCUUCUCGGACACCGGCCCUUCUCGGACACCGGCCCUGCUCGGACACCGACCCUGCUCGCACACCGGCCCUGCUCGGACACCGGCCCCGCUCGGACACCGGCCCUGCUCGCACACCGGCCCUGCUCGCACACCGGCCCUGCUCGGAUACCGGCCCUGCUUGGACACCGGCCCUGCUUGGACACCGGCCCUGCUUGGACACCGGCCCCGCUCGGACACCGGCCCUGCUCGCACACCGGCCCCGCUCGGACACCGGCCCUGCUCGCACACCGGCCCUGCUCGCACACCGGCCCUGCUCGCACACCGGCCCUGCUCGGAUACCGGCCCUGCUUGGACACCGGCCCUGCUUGGACACCGGCCCUGCUCGGACACCGACCCCGCUCGGAUACCGGCCCUGCUUGGACACCGGCCCUGCUCGGACACCGGCCCUGCUCGGACACCGGCCCUGCUCGGACACCGGCCCUGCUCGGAUACCGGCCCUGCUUGGACACCGGCCCUGCUUGGACACCGGCCCUGCUCGGAUACCGGCCCUGCUUGGACACCGGCCCUGCUCGGACACCGGCCCUGCUCGCACACCGGCCCCGCUCGGACACCGGCCCUGCUCGGACACCGGCCCUGCUUGGACACCGGCCCUGCUCGCACACCGGCCCUGCUCGGAUACCGGCCCUGCUUGGACACCGGCCCUGCUUGGACACCGGCCCUUCUCGGACACCAGCCCUGCUCGGACACCGGCCCUGCUCGGACACCGGCCCUGCUCGGGGUCUUGGCUGGGCGGGCGACGCCUCUGCGGGGCAGCGAGGCUCCGGCUGCCGGCACAGAGGCGCGGCCGUGACGGAGGCCCUUUACGAGGCCCAGAACAUUUGCGUUUUCAGCCGCUGUGUCGCGGGUGAAACCUCCCCUCUCGCGCCGCAGCGUCCCCCGCUCGCUGUCUGCUGA